AUUUAUGAAUUCAAAUGUAAUUGACGCUUCUGUGUUCAAUCGCGACAGAGCGUUUUAAAUUAAAACUAGAUAGAAAUAUAACCUAAUAUGAAGUUACACAUAGAAUUUUUAACUUUAGUAAUCGCGAUAACGGUUGUUAAUGCAAAUGAUUGGUGGAUGAAUGGAAACUUUUACCAAAUUUAUCCACGAUCUUUUCGAGAUAGUGAUGGCGAUGGAAUUGGCGAUCUAAAUGGUGUCACUGAAAAACUUCCAUAUCUCAAGGAGGUAGGAUUCACAGCUGCAUGGCUGUCUCCAAUCUUUAAAUCCCCAAUGGCUGAUUUCGGAUACGACAUUUCUGAUUUCUAUCAAGUUCAUCCCGAAUACGGAACAAUGCAAGAUUUUGAAAAUAUGAUUAAAAAAGCAAAAGAAAUCGGCAUGAAGAUCAUUCUUGAUUUUGUUCCUAACCAUACCAGUGACGAAAAUGAGUGGUUCAAAAAAUCCGUUGACGGAGAUCCAAAAUACAAAGAUUACUACAUUUGGCACAAUGGUGUAGUAGAUCCAACCACUGGUGAACGAAAGCCUCCAAGCAAUUGGUUGAGUGCCUUCCGAUAUAGUGCAUGGGAAUGGAAUGAUGUUCGCCAACAGUAUUACCUUCAUCAAUUUGCUAUAAAACAACCUGAUUUGAACUAUCGUAAUCCGGCCGUGGUUGAAGAAAUGAAAAAUGUCAUGCGCUUCUGGCUGGCAAAAGGCAUCAGUGGCUUCCGUAUUGAUGCGUGUCCAUUUUUGUUCGAAGUUGAUUUGGAUCGCAAUGGAUUGUAUGCAGAUGAACCACCAGUAACUUCAGGUUGUCCAGAUCCUGAUGAUUAUUGUCACUUGCAACAUAUCUAUACCAAUAAUCUUCCAGAGACAAUGGAUAUGAUCUAUCAGUGGCGCGAGCUUACUGAAAGCUUCAAAAAAGAAAACGGAAGUGAUACCAAAAUACUUCUCACUGAAGCGUAUACCGAUUUUGACAUUAUGAUAAAAUAUUACGGUGAUGGAAAACGGAAAGGCUCCUAUGUUCCAUUUAACUUUGACUUCAUGGGAAAUGUCAACAAGGAUAGCAAAGCAGUCGAUGUUGUUCAAAAUGUAAAUAAGUGGUUGAAUGCAAUGCCAAAAGGAAAGGAUUUUUAUCCGAAUUGGGUAUUGGGAAAUCAUGAUAGCAAACGAGUUGCGUCCCGUUUUGGUGUAGAAAAAGCUGAUUUGGUAAAUAUCAUGCUUCAAACUCUUCCUGGUAAUGCUGUAACUUACAACGGUGAAGAACUGGCAAUGACAGAUGUUUUUAUAAAAUGGGAGGAUACUGUUGAUCCGCAAGCUUGUAACGCUAAUCCAACAAAUUUCAAUUCUUACUCUCGAGACCCAGCCAGGACGCCAUUCCAAUGGGAUGCUUCACCUAAUGCAGGCUUCACUGAGGGGACAGAAACAUGGUUGCCGGUAUCGGAAGACUAUAAAGUAAAGAAUGUCAUGAUGCAAGAAAGAGCUCCCCACAGUCAUUUGCAAAUAUUUAAAAAACUCGUUCGUCUGCGAAAAGAACCAUCCAUGCAGGAUAUCUCUAAUUUGCAAAUCAAAGCUGUUCCUGACAAUAUCGUUAUAUACAGCAGGUACACUCCGGGCAGUAGCAGAUACGUCAUUAUUUUAAAUCUAGGUUCAACAACACAGACGAUCAAUAUUAAUGACCAUUUCCCAGUAGGACAAAAAGUCGAAAUAAUAACCGCAUCAAUUUCAUCAGAUUACAGUGAUGGAGAGGUUGUUGACGCUGCAAGAUUUUCAGCUAAGGGAAAUGUUGGAACUGUUGUUGUUGCCGUUCAGUAAGUUAUGUUUAUUAUAACAUAACAAAUCUAUUUAAGAACAAAAAUUGUAACAAUCAUAAGAAAUAAAUAAUUUUAGUAAAAUAAAUUAAAUGCAAAAAACGAAA